AUGGCUGCAGUGAUACCAGCUCAGGGGUCGGUGACCUUCGAGGAGGUGGCUGUGUAUUUCACCCACGGGCAAGGGGCUCUGCUGGACCCCGCUCAGAGAGCCCUCUACAGGGACGUCAUGCAGGAGAACUACGAGACGGUGACCUCGCUGGGAUACCCCGUUCCCAAACCUGAGCUGAUCACCCAGCUGGAACGAGGGGAAGAGCUGUGGGUCCCGGAUCUCCAGGCCUCCAAGGAAGAGGAGAUCCCGAGAGGCGCCCGCACAGCAGGUGAAACUACAGUGCGUGAGAUCAAGGAAGAGACUCCACAGCAGGAAAGUCCUGAGCAACAGGAACUGCAUAGGAUGUUAUCAGGAAGAUCCAAAGAGAAUUUUUCCCAGAGCGCUGAACAGGGAAAAGUCUGGGGCAAUCAGCACAAGUCAGAGAGGCACAAAGGGAAAGAAGUGGGUAAAGCCAUUAAUUGUAGGAGAGGAUGCAGUAAUCCCAAGGAAACCACAGCCCAACAGAAAAUCCAGACAGAAGAGAGAAAGUACACGUGCACUGAAUGUUGGAAAAGCUUCAGUCGUAGUUCAAACCUCAUUGCCCAUCAGAGAAUCCACACGGGAGAGAGACCCUUUAAAUGUACCGAGUGUGGGAAAAGCUUCAUUCAGAGAGUAAACCUCAUUUCUCAUCAGAGAAUCCACACGGGAGAGAGACCCUAUAAAUGUACCGAGUGUGGGAAAAGCUUCAGUAAGAGAUCGCACCUGAAUACACACACAAUAAUCCACACGGGAGAGAGACCCUAUAAAUGUACCGAGUGUGGGAAAAGUUUCGGUCAGAGAUCACAGCUUAAUACGCACAAAAUAAUCCAUGCAGGAGACACAUCCAUGAUAACCCACGCCAGAGAAAAACAUUAUACGUGCUUGGACUGUGGGGAAAACUUAAAGUGGAGCUCAGAACUUGUUACACAUCAGAGACUCCACACAGGAGAGAUCCCUUAUAAAUGCUUCGACUGUGGGAAAUGUUUCAUGCGGAGUUCAACCCUUAUCUUACACCAGAGAAUCCACACGAGAGAGACACCCUAUCAGUGCCCCAACUGUGGGGAAAGAUUCAGAUGGAGUACGCAGCUUGUGAAACAUCAGAUGCUCCACACGGGAGAAAGACCCUAUAAAUGCCCCGACUGUGGGAAAAGCUAUAGUGACAGCUCAUCCCUUAUUUCACAUCAGCGAACCCACACAGGAGAGAAGCCCUAUACCUGUGUGGACUGUGGGAAAAGUUUCAAUCAAAACUCAACCCUGAACAGACACAAGCGGCUCCACACGGGAGAAAAACCCUAUAAAUGCACUGAGUGUGGGAAAAGUUUCAGUCAGCGCUCAAACCUCAGUGUGCAUCAGCGGCUCCACACAGGAGAGAAACCCUAUAAAUGCCCCGAUUGCGGGAAAAGCUUCAAUCGGAGAUCAAACCUUAGCGUGCACAAGAAGCUCCACGCAGGAGAGAAACCUUGACUGGGGGAGAUGCUACAACCGGGGCUCUUAUUUAUAUUAGGCCUCAGCAAAUCCAUACAGGGAAGUUACCUCUUAAACAUCCUGAGCGUGGAAAAUACUUCACGCAGAGUUAACGGGCUUGUCUACCCUACAGAGCCUUGGCCGGGAUAGCUUGGCUGGCAGAGUCACCUAGUGGAUAAGCAGCGCAAGCCAACAGAGAUCUUCUGCCAAACUAGUUAAAACGCCUCCCGGAAGGAGAUUAGCUAAACCCACAGAAGCACUAGCUGCGUCUACACUCAGAGUUUUGCCAGCAUGACUGGGGAUGGGUGAUUUUUUCCCCCCCCACACUCUUAGCUAGGCCGGGAAAACUUCGUAGCCUAGACAAAGCAGUUAUUGGACAACAGGAGAGAGAUUCUACCAGUGCCCUGACUAGGGCUGGCUACCGUGUAAAAAAAUAAAAAAUCUGUUUCCUCGUUCCCACACACAUCCGGGGCAUUUGGCUCCCAGGGAUCCAGCUGCCCAUCGCUGGGGUGAGAACCCAGCAGUAGCUGGUCAGUGACCCUCUGGCUCUGCCUGGUCUAAGCAAACCGCAGGCAGAGGAGGAGAAGCCCC